AUGUCCGACGCCGACAUUGUGUCUUCCUUUGUGGAGGGCGCACCCCCCGGCGAGCUCGCCAGCGUCAUUGCCGACAUCGAGUCCCUCACAAUCUCCAAGCCCAGGCUCACCGACGACCUCGCGCCCGCGUUCGCCAAGUACAACGAGGACCAGUUUACGACGGUGCAGCUGCCCGGCAGCGCGGCGGGCAGCCAACCGGCGAUUGUCAGCGUCGACAGCCGCGUCGAUCCGGACGACGACAGCCGCUACUACGACCCGUCGAGCGCCACCAGCUUCGCCUUUGACCACCGCACGCAAAAGGCCAGCGCCGCCCAGAGCCACGCCGUCGACAGUGACCUUGCGUAUGUUCUUACCGUCCUCGCGCCUCGCGCCUCACAUCUCUCGCUUGUUGUCGUUUUGUCUUGCCACGUCGUCCCGUCGGCCUCCACCCUCAAAUCGCUGGCCACCUACGUCAAGGACCACUUUGAACGCCCCGCCUUUGGCGUCUACCCCAUCGACAACGGCGCCCGCAUCGCCAUCCUCAUUGUCAGCAACAAGUACAGCCCGCAGAACUUUUGGAACGGCCGCUGGCGGUCGCGCUACGUGUUUGACCCGUCCACCGGCAGCCUCGAGGGCACCAUCCGCAUCGACGUGCACUACUACGAGGACGGCAACGUGCGCCUCCUGACGGACAAGCCGCAGUCGGCCACCGUCGCGGGCGGCGGCAGCGGCAGCGGCAGCGGCGCGGCGCUGGCCCGCGAGAUCGCGUCGCUCGAAAAGGCCUACCAAGAAGAGCUCAACAAGAAGUUUUUGUCCCUCAGCGAGGGCGCGUUCAAGGGUCUGCGGCGGCAGCUGCCGGUCACGCGGCAAAAGAUUGAGUGGGACAAGGUCGCGAGCUACCGGCUGGGACAGGACAUUGGCGGCGGUGCAAGCGGGCGGAGGUAG